UUCACAGUAAAAACUGUAGCCUGUAGAUGAACAUAAUAUUACUUCUGUCAUUAAAAUCGGAGUACCUUACUAUUCCUUAGCCCAAACGCCAUGGAUUAUGUCCCACUACAAUCACAACUACUUCUACUACAUCUGGUACUGAAGAUAUUGUUAGUUUCAGGAUUAGCAAUAACAAUAUCAUUAUCUGAACCAGUAAUAAGCAAGAGAGGAUGCUCAGGCCGAUGCGGCUCGGUGAGAAUCCCAUACCCUUUCGGGACCAGUCUCAGGUGUUCCCAUAACAAAUCUUUUCUCGUCAUCUGUAAACACACUACUACUAAUAGCAAUCCACAACCGUUUUUCCCCCACAGCAAUGUUUCCAUCCUCAACGUUUUACUAAGUGAUGGCCUAUUGCGAGUGGCCAACCCCAUAUCCCACGCCUGUUACGAUAGCCGUACUGGCAACCUCACCAAGAGUAGCAAUCGCGUCUCUUACACCAUCACCAACUCCAUUUUCCCUCUCAGCAUUACUCGCAACAAGUUCACCACUGUCGGCUGCAACACCAUCGGCCUCAUGCAAGACAACAAAACCGUGGAGAGGUACUACCGGGCUGGCUGCCUCGCGCUCUGUAACAAAACCUCCGACCUCAUUAAUGGGACUUGCUCCGGUUUGGGAUGUUGCCAGCUUCCCAUUACAAAAAGAAUCUUCAACUUCGGUACCGCAGCUCAUUUAUAUUUUUCCUCAAACGUCACUAACGGAACUAAGAAUUUCAACAGUCCUUGUUCCUACGCUUUUGUAGUUGAAGAAGAUGCUUACAAGUUUUCAUCUUUAGACCUUGUGAGGUUGGGCAAAAUAGAUACGCUUCCUUUGCUGCUUGACUGGGCUGUUGGUGACCAGAGUUGUACAGAAGCUAAGAGGAAUAAGGGAUAUGCAUGUCGAGCCAGGAAAAGUGAGUGCUUCGAUUCAACCGACGGACCAGGGUAUCGCUGCAAAUGUUCCCCUGGUUAUCAUGGGAAUCCUUAUCUCCUUCAUGGUUGCCAAGAUAUCGAUGAGUGCAAGAAUAGUCAAAAUCCAUGCAUACAUAACAAUGCUACAUGCAUCAACUUGGCUGGCAACUUUACUUGCUUGUGUCCCAAGGGAUACAACGGAGACGGGAGAAGAUGCUUCCCUGCAUAUCCUCGAAGGAAUCAGCUCUGGCUUUCUGUUGCCUUAGGUAUAUGCAUUGGGCUGUUGGCGUUAGUCGUGGUGAUUUCUUGGAUCUACUGGGGUUCAAACAAACGAAAACUCAUCGAACUUAGAGAGAAAUUCUUUCAACAAAAUGGUGGGUUACUAUUACAACAACAACUCUCUCACAAUAAAUCAGCUCAUUCCAAGGAUACAACCAAAAUUUUCAAAGCAGAAGAGCUGAAAAAGGCCACUAAUAACUACGAUGAAAGAAGGGUACUUGGGCAUGGAGGUUAUGGAACAGUUUACAAAGGAAUACUUCCAAAUAACAAGGUGGUGGCUAUCAAGAAGUCUAAAAUUGGUGAUCAAAGUCAAAUUGAGCAAUUUAUUAACGAGGUCAUUGUGCUUUCUCAAAUAAAUCAUCGAAAUGUGGUCAAGUUGCUAGGUUGUUGUUUGGAAACAGAAGUUCCUUUAUUAGUUUACGAGUUUAUUCCAAAUGGAACCCUUUCAGAGCACAUUCAUGAUACAACACAAUAUCCCUCACUCUCUUGGAAAAUGCGUCUCAAAAUAGCAACAGAAACUGCUGAGGCUAUUUCAUAUUUACACUCUUCAACAUCUAUACCAAUCAUGCAUAGAGAUAUUAAGACUGCUAAUAUUCUGUUGGACUAUAAUUACACAGCAAAAGUUGCUGAUUUCGGUGCUUCGAGAUUGGUUCCUCUUGAUCAAACUCAGUUGACCACUUUAGUGCAAGGAACAUUGGGAUAUUUGGAUCCGGAAUAUUUGCAUACUAGCCAACUAACAGAAAAGAGUGAUGUUUAUAGUUUUGGAGUUGUGUUAGCGGAACUAUUAACCGGUCAAAAGGCACUUUCUCUUUUUAGGCGAGAAGGUGAUCGAAAUCUAGCUCUGUACUUCGUUUCUGCUAUGAAAGAUAACAAUUUAUUCCAGGAAAUUCUGGACUCCCAAUUGGUUGAUGAGGCAGAUGUUGAAGAGUUGAAUGUGGUUGCCAAUCUAGCAAAACGUUGCUUGAAGGUGAAAGGAGAGGAAAGGCCCACUAUGAAGGAAGUUGCAAGUGAGUUGGAAGGACUACUUAAACACAAGGGGAUACAUCCAUGGGAGCAUAUAGAUUCUGAAGAGAGUGAGCGCUUACUCAAGGCUACUUCAUCAAAUAUUUAUAUGGGUAAGGAUAUCGAUGGCGAUUAUUCUAGUUGUAGCAAUACAACUUCUGCGGUUGAUAGCAUGAAUAUUGAAAAUUUAAAGCUAAAUGAAAGUGGGCGGUAGUACUACUAAUAAAUAUAUAUAUAUAUAUAUAAAAAUAUAAAUAUAUAUUUAUCAUGUAGUUUUAUGGGAAAAUUAGUUGUAUUUGGAAGCUUAUACUCUUGAAGAAAUUAAUUGUAAUGUAUGCUGUAUGGUAGUUAUGAUUAUCAUUAAUAUUGUACAUAUGUUCACUACAAAUAAAUGUACCAUUUAGUGACAACUUUUUAGUCGCAACAUAUAUUGUGUGACUAAAUCAUACUUUUAGUCACAACAAAAUAUUAUUUGUGACUAAAAAAUCAUACUUAAUCAUAAGUUGUCACUAAUGUAGUUUUAGUCACAACCUAUUAUUUUUAGUGAUGAAGUUUGUUAUGACUAAAAAUACAUCUAAUGAGAAUAAAUUGUGAUUUUUGUGACUAA